AUGAUGCUUGCUACCAAGGCGCCACAAGAUCAACUGGGUUUAAGCAAUGAAACCGCUGAAGAGCCACCACAGAAAUCCACGCAGGCUGUGACUGAUUUCAAAUCCUUGGUGCUGAGUGGAAUUGUAGCAGCUAGAAUAAAGAAUCUGUAUGAACAGAAAACUGGAGCAGCCUACGAACGUCCGGAUUUCAGAGCCGAUAUUGCCCAAAGAGAAUCCUCAGCGUAUGUUGAACAGAGUCAACCCACUAAGACAUCUUCCGUGCAAGUGAAGCCUCCCGCUGUUGCGACCAUGUCGGUGUCUUUAUUGACUGAAGAUGUUGAUGUCGACGUAAAUGGGCGUUACGAUUUUGAUGGCAUCUGCCUUUUCCGAUUUGAAAAAGCAACGACUUAUGAGCCUAAUAUUGAGGUCGUUAAGUACGUAAAAGCCUUUAUAGAUUUCAUCAAAACGGAAUGUCUUUCUGGAAGAGAGAAUGGGACACCUGCAUCCUCCCACGUUAAUUGGGCUGCGGUAGAAGAUCGUCCCGUCAUCAACAUUGAUUACAGCUCACUUAAAUCAUCACCAAUUCUUUCUAAAAGUAUACCCGGCUGGCCGCCUGAACCUGACGUUGAACAAUUGUUCGACGCCAAACAACUGCUAUUGUCACUCGGGCUUGCCGUUCACACGGUCGCGACUGAAAAGAUUUAUGGAUAUUCUGAAAAUCCGUUUAAUAGGAAUAUGGAGGUAAAGUUACCGUAUAUAGCCGCUCGAGUCACAGACCAUUACCCAUCAACAUCAAUGUGGGAUUUACGAGCUCAUCACCUCGGUAACUUAAUUUCAAUCCGUGCAACAGUUGCUCGACUUGGGCCAAUACGACCGUUGUGCUGCAGACUGACUUUUCGAUGUGCACUUUGUGAUGGUGAGCAAGUUCUGGUAAUUGAGGAAGAUGGUUGCUUUGCCAGUCCCAAAAGCUGCCCCGAGAAGGGUUGUCGCUCGAAGGUCUUCUAUCCUCAAUUCUCUUCAAAAUCCAAUCUCGUAAUCGACACACAGACAAUGCUUCUGCAAGAAUCCGGCGAAGCCGAAAAUAGCCAAGAUCAGCUACCAAAUACUGGCCGAAUUCCGCGAAGCAUUACAUGUUUCCUCGAUUGUGACCUUGUUGACUCCUGUGUGCCUGGGGACUUUGUACAUGUUUGUGGUGUCGUCAAUCUCUUGCCAGCUCCCACUGAAACUUCGUCGUUUUCCUCAUCUGGUUCUCGCCCUCCAUUUAAUUCCGCACAAGAAGCCUCAAACGAAAAAAACAAUGUCUUUAACCUCUGUCUACGUGUCAACAGUCUGACGAGAAUUUUUAGCCGUUCUGGCGAAGAUGGUGGAACCUGCGGCAAAGUGACUCAGUGUCUCACCACUCGCUUGCAGAAUCUCCAUUCCAAUGAGACGGCAGGUGCUGACAAUUCGAGCGAAGUAGUUGACCUCAAAACUACAGAUACAAACUUUUCAAUAAGUGAUCUUUAUUUGAUUCGCGAGGUAGCUGAGGAAUCCAAUCUAUUCAAUCUUCUUAUUGCUUCCGUUUGUCCGACAAUUUGCGGUCGAGAACUUGUCAAAAUGGCCAUCCUGUUAGCCCUUUUUGGGGGAUCCACCAGCUCCUGGGGCGUUCAAGCACGACCCUCGCAAAAGGUUCGUGAGAAGUCUCCAGACUUGUCCGAUUCCUCGGAGGACGAUGGAGAUUGUAAACAUGCGGAUGCUUCAACCAUGGAAGCAACACAGGCGGUUUCAGGUGCUCCAGUGGGCAACGUGGAUUCACCUGUACGUCGCAGCUCCUCACAUGUUCUGUUGGUGGGCGAUCCAGGCAUUGGUAAAAGUCAGCUGUUAAGAGCAGCUGCGAACGUGGCGCCUCGUGCCGUCUACGUGUGUGGGAAUACGGCGUCUGCUGCAGGUCUCACAGUGAGCACCAGUCGAGAUCACUCAGGCGCCGGCCUCGAGGCGGGUGCUCUUGUUCUCGCCGACCAGGGUAUUUGUUGCAUUGACGAGUUUGACAAGAUCUCCUGUGAUCCAGCCGUGCUCCUCGAAGUUCUUGAACAACAAACCGUUUCUGUGGCUCGUGGUGGGUACGUCUGCAAUCUGGCCGCUUGCACUUCGGUUCUUGCUGCCGCUAAUCCUGUUUCUGGGCACUACGAUUCUUCCAAGACAAUUUACGAAAACGUUCGGGUAUCCCGGUCGCUUAUCUCAAGGUUCGACUUGAUCUUCAUUCUGCCUGAUCGGCCGUCUGAAAACCUCGACCACCGAUUAUCAGAGCAUGUAUUAGCUCUUCAUAUGGGCCAGCGCACAAAACGAUCGAGACAAGGCAAUAUUUCGGACGCCUCAGCUCCGUCGAUCUCUCUAGAGAGUUUAACUGAGUCCGAAGCGGAUUCCAGUCAUGAUGAUCUGCCGCUUGAGGCCCGUUUACGGUUUAGAAGUGGCCGCCGUCAACCCCUGUCGCCCUACGUCCUUCGAAAGUACAUAGCAUACGCUCGAGCCUACGUUCACCCAAGAAUGACACCAGAAGCGGCCCUUAUUGUUCGCGAGUUUUAUCUGAAAUUACGGAAAUGCAGGGGGGAACAGCGCGACGUAUUUCAAGUGACAAUACGCCAAUUAGAAUCACUUAUUCGAUUGGCAUCAGCCAGGGCUCGAGCUGAACUUCGCGAAGAGAUUUCAGAGCAAGAUGCUCGUGACGUUUGUGAUCUGAUGAAUGAAACUGGCUACGGCACCUCACAAUCAGGUGGAGCCGCUGGUGACGCAUCGGCAAGCUUCGUGCCAACGAAGAAACGCAAGAACGCUUCAGCCACCGGCACCGCAGCCACAAAGCGAUUACUUGCUGCUUUGCAUCGAGAGGCCUCUCUGCCAGGAGGAAGCAGGUCCUUUACUACGCAAGAAAUCGCCGGUAUCGCCGCAAAGGCUGGACUUUCGGGUGACGAUAGCAUUCUCUACCAGCGUUGCGUACCUGGGGCCCCACUGAGUAUUCUCAUUGAUAACUUGAAUAAUAUAGGAGCACUUUUGAAACGAGGAGUUGACCAGUACAGUCUGACAUAA